AUGUCUGGUCUCAAGGUCGGCGAGCAGUUCCCCGAGGGCGUUGCCUUCCAGUACAUCCCCCACCAGGAGGAGACUGCCGACUUCAAGGUCUGCGGUAUCCCCAUCAAGUACGACACCGCCAAGGAGUUCAAGGACAAGAAGGUUGUCAUCGUCUCCAUCCCCGGUGCCUUCACUCCCACCUGCUCCGCCUCCCACCUGCCCGGCUACAUUGAGCACAAGGACGAGCUCAAGGCCAAGGGUGUCGACCAGGUCAUCUUCCUCGCCUACAACGACCCCUUUGUCAUGUCCGGCUGGGGCAAGGCCAACAACAUCAAGGACGACUUCAUUGUCUUCGCCUCCGACGCCAACGCCGCUUUCUCCACCUCCAUCGGCUGGAACCACGGCGAGCGCACCGCCCGCUACGCCAUCGUCAUCGACCACGGCAAGGUCGUCUACGCCGAGAAGGAGACUGAGCUCCAGGGUCUCGAGGUCUCUGGCGCCGAGCCCGUUCUCAAGGCUCUUUAG